ACACAGCUGUGAUCAGCCCCCAGGAUCCCACACUUCUCAUCGGCUCCUCCCUGCUGGCCACCUGCUCAGUGCACGGAGACCCGCCAGGAGCCACUGCCGAGGGCCUCUACUGGACCCUCAACGGGCGCCGCCUGCCCCCCGAGCUCUCCCGUGUGCUCAACGCCUCCACCUUGGCUCUGGCCCUGGCCAACCUCAACGGGUCCAGGCAGCAGUCAGGGGACAACCUUGUGUGCCACGCCCGCGACGGCAGCAUCCUGGCUGGCUCCUGCCUCUAUGUUGGCCUGCCCCCAGAGAAACCCGUCAACAUCAGCUGCUGGUCCAAGAACAUGAAGGACUUGACCUGCCGCUGGACGCCAGGGGCCCACGGGGAGACCUUCCUCCACACCAACUACUCCCUCAAGUACAAGCUUAGGUGGUAUGGGCAGGACAACACGUGUGAGGAGUACCACACAGUGGGGCCCCACUCCUGCCACAUCCCCAAGGACCUGGCUCUCUUUACGCCCUAUGAGAUCUGGGUGGAGGCCACCAACCGGCUGGGCUCUGCCCGCUCCGAUGUGCUCACGCUGGAUAUCCUGGAUGUGGUGACCACGGAUCCCCCGCCCGAUGUGCACGUGAGCCGCGUCGGGGGCCUGGAGGACCAGCUGAGCGUGCGCUGGGUGUCGCCACCCGCCCUCAAGGAUUUCCUCUUUCAAGCCAAAUACCAGAUCCGCUACCGAGUGGAGGACAGUGUGGACUGGAAGGUGGUGGACGAUGUGAGCAACCAGACCUCCUGCCGCCUGGCCGGCCUGAAACCCGGCACCGUGUACUUCGUGCAAGUGCGCUGCAACCCCUUUGGCAUCUAUGGCUCCAAGAAAGCCGGGAUCUGGAGUGAGUGGAGCCACCCCACAGCCGCCUCCACCCCCCGCAGUG